CGCCACAGACUUGUAUAAAUACACCUGUAGCUCUCCUCCUCACAGCAACACCUCUGCACUCCUGAAGAGACUCCCUGAAGAACCAACCUGAGCUCAGACCUGCGAAGAAACAGAGACAUGGCCUCUCGAAUUGCACUUCUCCUCUUGCUGGGUGUCAUCUGCGUUGGGUUUGCAUCAGCCCAGAUUGCCCAAGACUGCUGUAUCAAGGUUGCUGAGAAGCGUUUGCCGCUCCAAAUCCUCCAAAGCUACACCAUUCAGGAUGCUGGACAAGGAUGCUCCAUCAGCGCUACUGUGUUUGUUUCAAAAGUUGGAAAAACCCUCUGCGUCCCCCAUCCCAACGAUAAAGCCUGGGUGAAGAGUUACAUUAGACAGCUGAAUCAGAAACAUCAAAGACAUCACUAAUCAGGUGUAGAGAGGAGUGGACUGUGGGAAAAGGCUGCUGACAAACGAAAAGGGCCGACUCUUAACUGAGGGCAGAAGACGGCAGAAUCCUCUCCAUUUGGCUUCAGUCUCGUACUUUAGUAGAUCAAA